AUGGCGGCCACCGACCACAACAACAUUGAAAAUAAGCUGUAUCCAGUUCCAGAAUGUCUAACGCCGUCUACUCCAACCCCUUAUGUCACCUCGAUCGAACAAUAUCAAAAGAUUUACAAGGAGAGUAUCACGCAUCCGACCGUUUUCUGGGGAAAACUUGCCAAGGAAAUGCUUCAUUGGCAUAAACCUUUUGAAACUGUGGUUUCUGGCGGAUUCUUACAUGGUGAUGUUACCUGGUUUGCCGAAGGGGAAUUGAAUGCUUCCUAUAAUUGCGUGGAUCGUCAUGCAAAAGAAAAUCCCGAUAAAAUUGCAAUCAUCCAUGAAAGCGAUGAACCGGAACAAUCUCGAAAGAUUUCAUACGGAGAACUAUUACGUGACGUUAAUCGUUUAGCCAAUACCCUAAAAAGCCUCGGCCUACGAAAAGGUGAUACGGUCGCGAUUUAUCUCCCGAUGGUACCUGAAGCAGCGGUUGCUUUCUUGGCAUGCGCAAGACUUGGUAUAAUACAUUCUGUCGUGUUCGCCGGAUUCUCUGCAGAAGCAUUACGUGAUCGAAUUCAAGACGCAGCCAGUAAAUUGGUGAUCACCGCUGACGAAGGUCGUCGUGGGGGUAAAACGAUUCACAUGAAAAAAAUUGUAGAUGCCGCGGUAAACGAAUGUCCAACCGUUGAACAUGUGCUUGUUUUUCGUCGAACUGGUAGCGAAGUACCAUUUCAAGCACCACGUGACUUAUGGUGGCAUGAAGAAAUUAGAAAACAUCGACCUUAUUGUGUUCCCGAGGUUAUGAACUCAGAAGAUCCACUGUUCUUGUUAUACACUUCGGGUUCAACUGGAAAACCAAAAGGUGUCUUACAUACAACUGCUGGAUAUUUGUUGGGUGCAAUGACAACCUUUAAAUACGUAUUCGAUUAUCAUCCUAAUGAUGUAUUUGGAUGUAUGGCUGAUAUCGGAUGGGUUACUGGUCACACUUAUAUUGUGUAUGGCCCAUUAUGUAGCGGCGCUACAACAGUUUUAUUCGAAUCAACGCCAAUUUAUCCGACUCCAAGUCGUUAUUGGCAAGUUGUGGCCAAACAUAAAAUCACGCAAUUCUAUACUGCUCCAACUGCUAUUCGUCUUCUACGUAAACUUGGUCACGAGCAUGUUGAAGGUCAUGAUCUGUCGAGUCUGCGGGUAAUUGGCACAGUUGGUGAACCAAUUAAUCCAGAAGCUUGGGAAUGGUAUAAUGAAGUAGUGGGUAAAAAGAAGUGUGCUAUUGUGGAUACGUAUUGGCAGACGGAAACUGGUUCAAUUGUACUUUCUCCUUUACCUGGUGCUAUUCCAACUAAACCUGGAUCUGCUACGUUUCCCUUUUUUGGUAUUGCACUUGCAGUACUUGAUCCAGUGACCGGUCAAGAAUUAGAGGGUAAUGGCGUGGAAGGUGUAUUAGCCAUAAAACAACCAUGGCCGUCAAUGACACGUACUAUCUACAAUAAUCACGAUCGAUAUCUCGACACUUAUCUAAACGUAUACAAAGGAUACUACUUCAGUGGAGAUGGUGUAGGGAGAGACAAAGAUGGUUAUUAUUGGAUUAGAGGUCGAGUCGAUGACGUGAUAAGUGUAGCCGGCCAUCGUCUAUCAUCAGCCGAAAUCGAAUCCGCAUUAAUUCUUCACAAAGCAGUUGCUGAAACGGCUGCGAUUGGCGUUGACGAUGAGCUCACUGGUCAAGCUGUAAACGCUUUUGUCACCUUAAAACCAAAAUACACUGAUGUAACCGACGCUAAAGAGUUGAUCUUGCAAGUGCGACAAACGAUUGGUCCAUUCGCCGCCCCUAAAAAGAUUUAUAUUGUAAGUGGUUUACCUCAAACUACUAGUGGGAAAAUAAUGCGAAGAAUUUUACGAAAAAUCGUGGAGAAUAAGGAGGAUCAGUUGGGCGACUUGAGUACUUUGUUGAAUCCUUCGAUAAUUCCGGUGUUGAUCGAGAAAGUUCGUAAUUCUUAG